AUGACGGGCGUGCGGAUGACGUCGGCGUCCGACUUGGUGCGAGAUUCCAUGGAAGUUCCCGUGCAGGUGAUUGGUGCCAUCAUCGGUACCAAAGGGGCCGCCAUCAAACAGAUGUCCCUGGAGCUGCUUGGGAGCACCGGGGUCCCCACCGAUGCGGCCUCGGGAAUGACCACUGAGACAACGAGCAAAACAUCGAAAAGCAAGCCCAACAGCAGAAGGGGGAAGAAGCGGCAGGCCGAUCAAGCCAUCAGGGCCAUGAUCAAACAGGGAAAACUCACCAAAGAAGCCGCUGCCCGUCUGACCACAGAAGAUAAAGUGCGUAUGUUGGAUGAGUGGCAGGCCUACCGCAAGUCAAUGUCAGAGCUCAGCGCAGAGAAGCUGCUCGGUCACCAGGAGAUGAAGGCAGACUUCCCAGAAACGCACUCCUUGCUGGAGAGGGCAUUGGUGCAGUCGGGCGCCAAGAUGAACUUCGAACAGGAGGAGUAUCAGCCAGGCUACUUGCCUCUGAACCGCUGUUGCUUGAUCAGCGGUGAUGCAGAGCAGGUGGCUAAGGCGCAGGUUUUCUCGUCGCAGCAGUGCGGGGCGGGCGGCUUUGGGAGUUAUCAAAGAGGGGCAUGCUUCUUUAAAGGAGUAAAAGUGGUCAACAAAUCAACAAAAAUGUUGGUAUGCUGUAAAGAAAAAGAGUUGGUAAUGCUUCAGCCACUAAAAAAUGGAGUGAGACUUGACAAGAAGAGCGUUUUUUCAAAAGAGCCGGGCUUCAACCAGAAUUGGGACAAACCAUUGAACAUAGAGUUUUACCGCGGAUUGUGGGAGUGA